AUGAGGCAAGAAGGCCCUCAUCCCAACAGCACACUCGGGAUGAGCACCAACUUUGCCGCUAUCUACAGCCACCAUGGCGGGGACUUCACCUCCUACCAAAACUUCGCCUUCCCUUUCAACGUCAGCUACAGCGACUACGACCUGCCCUCGGACGAGGACGACAACGUGACCAAGACGCGCACCUACUUCGCGGCCAGGAUCGUCAUCGGAGUGGCUCUGGCCGGUAUCAUGCUGGUCUGUGGCAUCGGCAACUUCAUCUUCAUCGCGGCGCUGGCCCGCUAUAAGAAGCUGCGCAACCUCACGAACCUUCUCAUUGCAAACCUGGCCGUCUCGGACUUCAUUGUGGCCAUCGUCUGCUGCCCCUUUGAGAUGGACUACUACGUGGUGCGGCAGCUGUCCUGGGAGCAUGGCCACGUGCUCUGCGCCUCCGUCAACUACUUGCGCACUGUCUCACUCUACGUCUCCACAAAUGCCCUGCUGGCUAUUGCUGUGGACAGGUACCUUGCUAUUGUUCAUCCUCUGAAGCCGCGGAUGAAUUACCAAACAGCCACCUUCCUCAUUGUGGUGGUCUGGAUUGUAUCCCUGAUCGUUGCCAUACCAUCGGCCUAUUUUGCCACUGAAACUGUAUUGUUCAUGAUCAAAAACCAAAAGAAAAUUUUCUGUGGCCAGAUUUGGCCAGUGGACCAGCAAAUAUACUACAAAUCCUAUUUCCUUUUCAUCUUCGGCAUCGAGUUUGUCGGGCCCGUUUUCACCAUGACCCUUUGCUACGCCAGGAUCUCGCGUGAGCUGUGGUUUAAAACUGUGCCAGGCUAUCAGACCGAACAGAUCAGGAAGAGGCUCCGCUGCAGAAGGAAAACCGUGCUGGUGCUCAUGUGCAUCUUGACAGCCUACGUCGUCUGCUGGGCACCGUUCUAUGGCUUCACAAUCGUCCGCGACUUCUUCCCCACCGUCUUCGUGAAGGAGAAGCAUUACCUGACCGCCUUCUACAUCGUCGAGUGCAUUGCCAUGAGCAACAGCAUGAUCAACACCAUGUGCUUUGUGACAGUAAAGAACAGCACCAUGAAGUAUUUCAAGAAGAUCAUGCUCCUCAGGUGGAGGUCCACCUACCACGGAUCCAAGUCCAGUGUGGAUAUGGACAUCAGAACAAGUGCAAUGCCUGUCACAGAAGAGGUGGACUGCAUCAGGCUCAAGUGA